GAUUUGGUUGCCAGCAUUAACUAUAGUAUUUAUUAACUUAAAGUUUGCGAAAGAAAUUUUAAAACAGCAAUCAAAAUUUAAUUUCCAUCAAAUUUAUUAUUUAUGCAUCAUUACGUAUUGUUGAUACAAUUAAAUAAUUUAAUGAAAAUCCUAUCUGUUUCUUUUCGCGCUAUAUUAUAGAAAAGUUGUGCUUAAUUUUAAACUUUCUAUUUCACGAUAGUUUCACGAAGUUUAAAAAAAAAUAAAAAAAUGGAAUAUACAUUGGAAGAUGCUUUUGAAAAUUUGAAAGAUACUUUGACAGAACGACAAAAAGAAAUGGAAAACUUGUGUGAUAUAAUUAUGAAUAAUAAACCAAUUGCUUUGAAUAAAACUUGCACGUCAGAAGAUGUAAGAAAAAAGCAAUAUAAAUUGUAUAAAAGUUUAUUGAAUAAAGUUCUUCGGGAAAUACCAAAAGAUUAUCCGAUUCCUCAUACAUCUGAUUUGCAUAUUGAAAUUCUAACAGAACUUGAAAAUGAAGUGCUAAAUGCUCAACAACUUCUUGACAAAAUGAAGACGCAACUUUCGAAUAUUAAUGAAGAUAUAUCUUAUUUAGAAAAGAAGAAAUUGGGUUCGGAAAAGAUGCGAGAAGCCUUCUUGAAUGCAGAACAAUUGACAGAUACUACAACUUAUAAUAAAGAACAUGUAAUAACUAAACGCAUGUUCAAAAAUGUAAAAAAGGAUUUGCAUAUGGUAGUAGAAAUGUUGUUCCCAGAAAAUCAACAUUUCAAAGACUGUUUAGGGAACUUAACAUCAGCAUAUACAAAAGGAGGAGAUGAAAUGUAUAUAUCUAUUACACCAGAAACUCUAGUAUUUAUGAAUUUCCUGAUUGAGGCUGGUAUAAUUACGUAUCAUAGAAAUGACAAAACUAGAGUGAGAUUAAUGGAUAUGUUAUAGGUAUAAUUAAAAUAUACAGAAUGUAAAUAUAUUCAUGAAAUAUUUUUGGAAGAUUGAUUUUAUAUAUUCUAAAAGACUUAAGAUAUGACAAAAAUACCAGUUAAGAUUUUAUUAAGUUAUAAAUAAUUAAAAUUCAAGACAUAAAGUGAAAUCUUUGUUAUAUCAUUACUUCUCUUUAUCUUUGCUUUGCUUCAUUUAUAUAAAUUAAUUAUAACUUAAUAAAUAAACCUCAAUAUUUUUGUAUAUUAACUUUUAUCUUUGUUUUGAUUUCUGAAAUCAAUUUUUCAAAAGUAUCUCAUGAAUAUUAAUAUUAAAUACAUCAAUUUUAUAUUAUUUUUAAAUAAAGUUUUAAUUGUUAAAGCUAAAUAUUGAAGAUUAGAAAAGAAAUAUAUAUGUAAUAAAUAGCUUGAUAAUAAUGGUAUAUAACUAUAAAAAAAUUUCAAUUCAAAAUUUAAAUUUAAUAUUUUAUAUUUCAAUUUAAAUGCAAAAUUUUUUCAAUUCAAACAUUUUUACCACAUAAACGGAGCUCUUUCUCUUAAUACCCUAACACCUGUACGUUCCCAUUCUUGCCGACCAAUCCAUAAUUCUUGAGCAGAUUCUAAACAACUUAAAAUUGCUGCUCCUUUCCAUGCUGUCAUACCAGGAUCCAUUUCUUUUGGUUGUGUUAUGAUAUCCAAUUGUUCUACAUAUAAUAUAAAAAAAGAAAAAAUUUAAGUUAAAAGAAAUUUUCUUGUAUUUAGAUUUAUAUACAAAAAUACACACCGGCUCUGUACAUAUAGGGAAUUUGAAGAGAAAUCCGAUUAUGUAGCCACAUACCUAUACCUUGGAAUUUCAUACCUGAACCAACUACAAGUACGCAACUAUACAUUUUCCUUUUUAGAUCUUCCGUGGCUAUGGAAAAUGUAAAAAUUAAAAUUCAUGAAUUUUUUUGCUUUUAUUGGAUUGAUUAGAUAUACAUACGACAGCGAUCGAUACUUUGAAGAACAGCAUGAUCCAAACCUAACAAUUGUUGAGGACCUACUACAAAAUCACGCGGGGCAUCUAAAUCGCGAUUCGAUAAGGUAAUCGGUGCGGAGUCUACUGCAUCCACAACUACUUCUUCUUCUCCUGCUACAGUUGGUGCUGUUGCUUCUUCUUGCAUUUCAGAUGUUUGUUCAAGAUUUUCUUUCAUGCCUCUUCUCUAAACAAUAACAGAAUUAAUAUUUUUGUUAGAAAAAUAAACAUACUCAUUUUCUUAUGUAACUCUA